UGGCUAUAGGUUCUGUAAUGGAAAUCUCAGCAUACAAAACUACGAUACAAUUAAAUCGUGCAUUGGACCGAAAUUAUCGAUUAAUUUAAUCAAAUGAUAAAUCGCUGCCAUCCCUGAUAAUCAAUUGUUUUUAAUAUAACAUAAAUUAUUUUUACAAAUCUUACCGUUGUUUAAGUUGAAAUAAAAUCGUAAUGUCGAUAUUAACAAAAGAUAAUGCGAAGGAUCACUGUCGCACUUGUUUAAAACGACUUCUAGCGAGCACGGAGAGUAGUUCCAGUAUGUACAUCAAUGAGAUACCAGAUAACAAGGAUUUGCACUUCAAUAUCUGCAGCGAUGUGGAGUUGCAACAGCUCGUCUGUAUGUAUGUGGAAGAUGACUGCAAGAUUAAAGCGUCAAAUUGGGUUAUUCAAAAUUAUCCAGAAAAUGUUUGUCUUGCUUGCUAUAAUAAACUUCACAACUUCGCCGUAUUCCGUAAGCGAGCACAACAGAGUGCUGAAAAAUUACGCACAGUACUUAAUUGUAGCAGUGGCAUAAUAAAAGUUGAAAUAAAUUAUGAAGAGGACGAAUGUAAGCAGCAAAAAUAUGAGUCAUUGGAACCGCCAGCUCUGUAUGACAAGCUUCAGUUCAAGGACGCCCUCAUGGAAAACGAGGAAGUAUUUUUUGAAACAUCCGCCGCUAACUUGGCGGAUGAUGUAGAAUUAACUAAUGAAACAAAAGAUCCAUUUGGUCCAUCAGCCCCAUUGACAUCCGAAUGUACCGUGGAACAAAGUGAGGAGACCGAGAACUCAAUAAAAAAAGAAGAGCGAAAAGCAGGCAAAAAAGAAAAAAUCAAAUGCUCACAGUGUAGCCAAAGUUACUCCAUGAAAUCUGAAUUGGAUGCCCAUGUACGUCAAACACAUAAUGUAAAAAAAUUUCCAUUUUCGUGCGGUCAUUGUGACAAGGCAUACAGGUACAUACGUAGUCUGCAAGAGCAUAUGAAACAAAAGCAUCAAGCGGUGCUAAACGCACACGCUCAAUUUAAGUGCGACUUGUGUCCAAAAGCGUUUCUAACAGAUUUGUCACUGAAGAAGCAUAUGUGCUUCCAUAUUAAAGAAGAUAUGGCUCGUGUUUGUGGAAUAUGUAGCAAACGCUUUCCAAUAAAAAAUUUGCUUGUUGAACACUUGCGUACACAUUCUAACGAUGGCAGGAUACCAUGUGGUCAGUGUGAUAAGAGUUUUAUGUGGUAUCAGGACUUAUUGAACCAUGAACGUUCAUCACAUCUGAAAGAAAAACCAUAUCCCUGCAAACUUUGCGAUAAAUCCUUUCAAACUCAAAAAUCAUUGCGCUUUCACAGUUACAGGCAUUCCGGCGAGAAACCUUAUCUCUGCGACGUGUGUGGAAAAGAUUUUCGGCAGCCAACAGCUAUGAAACAACAUCGAUUAAAACAUUUCAAAGACGAGUUAAGGAAAUCGGAACGUUCACAUAAGCGAAAAAUGUCGUUCUUAACUAGGGAAAACGUUACGCAGCAUUGCCGUACUUGCUUGAAGAGCUUAAAAAUAGAUAAUAACAAUUUAAUAACAAGUUUCGCUGCAGCUGAGGAGGCACCCGAGUUCAAAGACUUUUCGAUAAGCAUCGGUAAUAAUGAAGAUAUACAAAAACUUAUCACUCUAUACAUGGACGGUAUUUUGACUGGAGAAGCAGCUGAAAGUAUGCUGGAAGAUUACCCCCAGUGUGUGUGCAUCAGCUGCUAUAAUAAUUUACAAAACAUUCAUACAUUUGGUCAAAAAAUAAAGAGAAGUGCCCAAAAACUGCAGGCGCUUUUGUGGCAGGGAGUUGCGAAAGUUGAGAUUGGCGAAGAUGAAAAUGAAAACCAACAGAAAUACGAAAAUGAUGUUAGUUCUAUGCAGGAUGAACGAGAUAUAUAUAAGUUGCUGCUUAAGGAUGCUCUAAUGGAAACGGAAACCGUUAUUUUAGAAACACAAAAUGCUGAAAGUAUAGAUAGCAAAGGUGUUGUAGAUCCUGAUCCCUUUGAAACCUCAAUGCCGGUAAAACUGAAGGAUAUACAACGUGAUUCCCAGCGUGAGGCAAUGUAUGAAGAAAGCAACGAUCAAGAAUGGGAAACCUAUAGUCAAGUAGAAUCGGAAAUUAAUUCAGAUAAAGGAAAUAGUAAAAUGGCACCUAAAGAUAUUUCAAGUGAUGCCCUGAACGACUUCCGAGGUGACGGUAAUUUGAAAACCAGAGAUCGUCGAGGAAGACUAUCUGCGACAUAUGUGUCCAAGAAAAUUAAAAAAUUGCACAAAUGUGUAAAAAAAGAUAUUGCAGUUUCUUAUGACAUUCAAGGACACCUGCAUUCAGAUGAGAUAGAUACCAAAAUUGACAAUAGAGUAAAAAAACGGAAUAAAGGAACGAAUAAACGUAACAAAGGAACAAAAAACAGCUUCAAAUGUGUGCAGUGUAGUCAUAGCUUUGCCCAUAAGAUUACACUCGAUGCUCACGUACGCAAAGUUCACGAAGGAAGUAAGCGGCCAUUUAAAUGCGAUCGAUGCGAAAAAUCGUAUAGCUUUAUCGGAGGACUUUAUACGCACAUAAAAGAAAUUCACGAAGCUGAGGUUCGGUCAUAUGCUUGUGACAAUCCUGGCUGUGGACGCAUUUAUACCAGUUUCAUUGCAAUGCAAAAGCACAAACGGCUGAAACACUCGGAUACACCUUGCCUAAAACAAUAUGUGUGCGAACAGUGUGGUGCGACAUUUAAUCAAUCUGGAAAUCUUAAAUACCAUCGACGUUCUAAACAUCCUACAGAGGCGGAACAAGCCGAGCAAGAGCAUUUGAAGCAGCGAUUUGAAUGUGACGUCUGUAAAAAACUAUUCCAUUCACGAUACACUUUAAAAUACCACACUCUACAACUACAUACAAAUGAAAUGAAGUAUGAGUGCAAUGUUUGUGGCCGCAGAAUGGCAAAAAAGUUUAUGCUUGUUCAACAUAUGCUAGUUCACUCAACCGACAAGAUGCCGUGCGAGCAUUGCGGCCGACAAUUUAUUAGAAAAUUUGAGUUGGAAGCGCACGUAAGGGCAGUGCACAUGAAAUUGAAACCCUUUGAAUGUCAGUAUUGUCCGGAGUGCUUUGCUUCAAGAAAAACGCUCCGACAUCACGAGUACAUACAUACCGGGGAAAAACCGUAUGUGUGUGAUGUCUGUGGUCAGGCGUACCGGCAACAGACAUGCUUGAAAAACCAUCGUAAAUCACACGAAAAAUUUAAUGCAGAUAACGUGUCAACAACAAACCACAAUCUAACCCCUCUAAAUUCGAUUUUGACAGCGCCAGCGGCUGUUAAAUCAUCGAAAAUAGUUUCACUGACAAAAGGCACUACCAUCUCAACAAGUUUUAAUAAAGACAUAGCGGGAGAUACGAUUAAGCACUCAGUUAGUUUUGCUGGAACAAAAACUAUCUAAUACAAUUUAGGCAAUAUAAUGAUAGAUUCUUACAUUUAGUGGCAACAGUUAAGGAGCUGGAUAUAAUUGCUUUUGCUCUUAUUAGAUGACCAAAAUAACCCCUUUUUUAAGAGAAGGCAAUACGAUUGCUCAAUUGUAAUCCUUCAAUUAUAUACGAUUACGAUUACUUUAAUUGUAAUCAUAAAUGUUAACAUUAUGAUUAUAAUAAUCGUAGUCUUAAAAAUUUAAAGACGAAGAUUACUUUAAGGGUAAUCAUAAAUAAAAUUACGAUUACGAACACUUUAGUUGUAAUCCUGAAAAUUAUUAUUAUUAUUAAUACAUACAGUUAAUCAAAAUCAAACAUUAUUUGAAGUACAUACCGCGACCACGAGUAGAAUAUUUCAACUUCAAACAAAUACGCGAAUUCAUAAUUUAAAAGCAAUACUUGCUCAUAGUAAAACUAAUUUCUCGAUUAUUGUAAUCUUAUUGCAGCCAUUUUCACGAAAGCAAUUUAGGUACAAAAUGAUAUUGAUUUUUUUUGAAUUAUAUGGAAAAUAAACAGAAAAAAGAAUCAUUUUACAUUCAAUAAUUUAUUGCAUGAUUGCGAUUACUUUAAUUGUAAUCCUAAAAAUUUGACGAUUACGACUACUGUAAUAGUAAUCCUAAUUUCUUAAAAUUUUUAGGUUUACGAUUACAGUAAUUCACAAUCAAGCAUAUCAUAAUUACAGUUACAGUAAUCGUAUUGCUAAGCA